AUGACAGCAAACUCUAGCUACUCUCCCCUUGGUGCCUGCCAGAUAAUCGUCAAUGCGGCACGAUACCAGACAACCCACAGCGAUUAUAUCGGCCCUCAACUGUUCGAAUUUCAAAUCAAUAUGGUGUCAACGUUUGAAGAACAAUGGAUCCAGAAUGUCCUAUUGAACAUAUCGCUCGACGCGUCCACAUACUCUCGUGCGCCACAAGCAUUGAAGCCGGCAAUUGAUUUCUCCUUGUUCGAUCUUCGGCCCUUUGCGCCUGCACGGACCACACCGGCCGUAACGAUCGGCCUCAUCUUCCUGAUCCGCAUUGCAUUCUCCUCCUUAUCCUUUUUCCUGCCGGAGCUAGUUCUCUCGCAUCUAUUCAUGACGACAACUGCUUAUUUAUUGAUGGCUCUGGCUUACUCGCUGCUAGCACUGAAUUUCCUCAUUCCCUUCUCCAAUGAUUACCCACACGACGGCACCACGAUUACAAAGGCUCCAGAUGCUUACGGGCAUGCGACAUUUAUGGUGUAUUGGAUGCUGGACUGGGUGGGAAUGUAUGCAUUAGAUUUCGCCAGUGAGAAUAUCACUAUGAUCAUUGGCCAGCUGUGGACUGCUCUUUCGAUCGAGCCCCACAUUUUAGAAGUCGUUGACAAGGACAUGUCUGCGUCAAAGCCGAAUUGGUGGAAAGCCAGCACCUGUUAUCAAAUUUGGCCCGCUUCAUACAAAGACACCAACGGCGACGGAAUUGGCGACAUCCCGGGAAUCAUCAGCACAUUGCCGUACCUGAAAGACCUCGGAGUCGAGACGAUAUGGCUGUCACCUAUGUACGACUCGCCGCAGAAGGACAUGGGCUACGACAUUUCCAACUACGAGGACGUCUAUCCUCCUUAUGGGACACUCGCUGAUAUGGAUCGGUUGAUCAAGGAGUGCCACGACCGGGAGAUGAAGCUGAUUCUGGACCUGGUCAUCAACCACACGAGUGAUCAACACGCGUGGUUCCAGGAAUCUCGCAAAAGCAAGAUCAACGACUACGCAGAUUGGUAUGUCUGGCGGGAUCCGAAAAUCAUCAAUGGCAAGAAACACCCACCGAGCAACUGGCGAUCCAUCUUCGGCGGCAGUGCAUGGGAGUACUGCGAAGAGCGAGACCAGUAUUACCUCCACUUGUUCGUGAAGGAGCAGCCGGAUUUGAACUGGGAGAAUGAGGAGACCCGCAAAGCGAUCUACAAAUCCGCCAUUGAGUUCUGGCUCGACAAGGGCAUCGACGGAUUUCGAGUGGAUGCCUGCAAUUUAUACUCCAAGGACAUAUUGUUUCCCGACGCGGCGACGAGGCUUCAUGGAGAAGAAUUCCAGCCUGCGGAGGACCACUACAUCAACGGCCCACGCAUGCAUGAAUGGCUGAGAGAGCAACGUCAAGAGGUCCUCGACAAAUACGGCGACAUCCUGGUGGUCGGGGAAUUACCAUGCACGGACGCGGCAGAGGUGUUGAAAUACGUAUCCGCCGAGGCGAGAGAGCUGAGCUGUGUGUUCGACUUCGACGUAGUUAUGCUGGGUACCCCGAACGGGGGCGGAGGUAAAAAGCACCACACUGUCCGGCACACUUUACCGCAGUUCAAGGAGGCGAUUCGAAAGGUGCAGCAUCUGAUUCGCGGCACGGAUGCCUGGACGACGGUGUUUCUGGAGAACCACGACCAAGGCCGCAGCCUGUCGCGGUUCGCCACGGACAAGCCGCAAUGGCGAGAGAAGGCGGCUAAGAUGCUGGCCGUGCUGAUGUGCACUCUCACGGGCACCCUGUUCCUCUACCAAGGCCAGGAGAUCGGCAUGUACAACCACCCGGAACAUUGGGGGGUCGAAGAGCUACGGGACAUCGACUCGCUGAACGCGUACAACGACGUCAAGACCCGCCACAAGGACGACCCACUCUGGCUGAAGAAGGCCAUGAAGGGCCUCCAGCUGGUCGGCAGGGACAACGCCCGCCUGCCCGUGCAGUGGGACGCGUCCGCCAACGCGGGCUUCACGACCAGCAAGCCCUGGAUCCGCGUCCACGACGACUACGAGGCCGUCAACGUCGCCGCGCAGCGCGGCGACCCGCACUCCCCCCUGGCCUUCUGGAAGAAGAUGAUCGCGCUGCGCAAGCAGCACGCCGAGCUCAUGGUCUUCGGCACCGACUUCGAGGUCUGGGACUUCUUCGACCAGGACGUCUUCACCUUCACCAAGGCCCACCCGGACGGGCACCACAAGUUGUUGGUUUUUCUCAAUUUCUCCGACGACCUCCAGCCGUUGCAUUACCCGCAUGGCUUGGAAGGAACGAAGAAAGAGUUGUUGGUCAGUAAUCUCAGACAAGGAGAGGAAGAGGUAGGCACGUAUUUGACCCCUUGGGAGGCGAGGGUGUAUUUGGUCAGGGAGACUGUUCUUAAUGGGUAUUAG